AUGACCGAGGUAGAGAUGAAGAGGAUAGCUUCUCGACUUGAAAAUGUGGAAGGGCAAUUGUUGAUCACUGGUGAGACUCUAAAAAGGAAUGAACAAGCCAUGACUAACCUGUCAAAAGAAGAAGAUCGAAUGAUAGCAACACAAAGCACACUAAACGAAAGACUGGAGAAUGUGAAACAAAUAGUGACUUUUAAUGAAACAAAACUGGACGAGGCCAAGAGGAGGAUAAAAGUUGUUGAGUUGCAGAAAAAGAUCGCUGAAAAACGCUGCGAAAGACUGGGAGAAAUAGAAGGACAAAUUAACCUGAAGCUGCUACAAAUCAACAAACACAUUGAAGAUCUGCAAUCAAGCUCGCAAAAUGGAAGACUGAGUGAAGAAGAAGAAUUGGAGUUGAAGGAAAGAAUUGAAGACCUGAAAAACAGUUACAGGGAAUCUGAGGCUAGAGCAGAACUUGCGCAUCAAAAGAUCGCAGCGCUGAGCUGCAAGCGUAACUCCUUGGAGAAAGAAUUGGAGGAGCUGACUCACAAAAAACUCUGGGCACAGGAUGAACUCAACAAGGUGUUUGAUGAGUUUAGCGUUCCCGCAUAAAUGGAUAAGACUCUUUAAGCCGUGUUAUGUUUCCCUUUUGCCAAUCAGUUAUGUCCUUGUGGUCUAUAAAAAUAGAAGUUUAGCCCAGAUCCUAAGGAUAUUGAGGAGAAUUUUGAGCAAGAAAGAAAGCUUAUGCGGAGAAUGCUCGCAAAGUGAGACUUCACCUUAAACGUAGGCGUUAAACACAGAACACUCUCUAACAGAGAAUACCAUAAUUCUUUCGUGCUGUACAUAACAUUGACUAGCAUAAUCGGCAGUCGACCAUAAGAACGACAAAAUCUUACAUUAAACGAUUGCCCUAAACCAGCUUGUCAAGCUGUUGUUGUUUAUGUUUUUCUUUGUUUUAGUUGUUUUGAAAGGUGGAUUUAGAUUAAGAUUAAUCUCGCCCAUAGACUCACUCGUGUUAGUGUGACGUGGGAGACCUGGGUUUCAAGUUUCAACAAGUAGUCAGCAGUGGCGGAUCCAGGGGAGGGACCCGGGGGGGCUGCCGCCCCCCCCCCCCUUAUUUUUAGACCAAACUGAGGCCCAAAGGGCCGAAAAAUAUUUUUGGAGACCGGGCCCCUCCCCCUUAUCCAAGAAUGAUCUACCUCAUCAGGAUCUGAAUGACCAGGCCCCCACUUAUUUCAAGGUCUGGAUCAGGCACUGGUCAGUUUCCCCGGUCAGGGACUCCUGGUCGACCCCGGUUGUUUGAAAGUUGGAAAGCGCUAUCCACCAGAUAAACUCGCUAUCCAGCGGACAAACCAAUAGGCCACUUGCGAGCAACAGAAACCCUCACUUUCAAAAUAAGGCCAAGUGCACAACCUUUUUUUGUGAAAAGAGUUUUAUUUGCAUGAGAAUCAAAAAUCAUUUUCAUACCAAAGGCUGAGCACUGAACCUCGUUUUGAUACAGAGGCCCGGGAGAACUCGGAAAUGGCCCAUUGCUAUAUCCAGUGGAUAGUGCCAUCCAACUUUUGAACAGCUGGGGCCUGGUGACUAAUAAUGGCAAUUGUAAGUAAAAUUGUAAAUUGUAAAAGUAGGUGGAAUAUGAUCAUCCCAGUAAGGGUGGACCUGAAUAGGACCGUUGUUGACAGUGCAUGACUGACGUUUCGACAACCUGUGCAGUACUGUCAUCUUCAGAGUCGAGGUAAUUUGUAUCAAGUCAGUCGAUGGUGAGUUUUUCUAUUGGUAACUAUCAAAAUCCCUAAAUUUUGGAUUACCUAGAAUGCCGCAGACCUAGCAUUCUGGCUGUUUAAAAGGCAUCAAAAACUUUCGAGAAACAAGCUCCUGGCUACCCUCCCGCAGAAUCCGCAGUACGACUAAUGGAUUAUACGUCAUGUAGUACCAUCACGCUUUGUGUCAUACGACGCCUGAGCAGGUACCAGCGGUCAACAAAGAUCGGCGGAUUCUCAAACGGUAUUUCAGAAAUAGCUAUUUGGAUUUGGUUGAGUCUUAUAAUGAAACAGUGCCUCCACAGUGUUCACUAGAAUUGGAUUAAACUCUUCACCUGAACUCGUUUUCAAUAGGAUGAAUAAAUUGCUCCUCGCAUUAAACACGACUUCGGUUUCUUCACCAUGGCAUUCCAGUGAAUUGUCAUGUAUGAACCAGUACACCACUGAAAUUCAUGUUUGUCAAUAUUAUAAAAAGACGAUUUCUCUUCAGCUGUAAAAGUUAGAUCGCUCAUUUUUCACCCAUCCAGGUUUUAGACUUGUCGCGAGUAAAAACGGCGGGAAAAUUUUCCCGCCAUUAUCUCAUUCGUGAAACAUGAAGUGAUAUGAUUUACCUGGAAGUUUACCACUCUUUUCUGUCCUGUGAUUGGCUGGUGCAAGGAGCGUGAACAAUCAGCCCGUGAAUCCGACACAAACAAAAUAAAUGCAUCCUAUGACGUCAUGUUUCUGCCGUCCGCAUUCAAUAUGGUGGAAGUUAAUUUCCCGGGUAAGUUUUGAAAAUCAAAGUUAUUAUGAUCUAGGUUGACUCAAAAACUGAUUUUGUCUCAUAUAAAGUGUUGAUAGAAGGAAUUACUUUUCUGGUGCAGUUGACAUGCUUUUUCGAAUCAGUAGCCUUUUAAAGAGACGCCCACAAAACUGAAUAUUUACUAUUAAAAGAAAACGGGCGAAUAGAAAAGCUGGCCCCUAAGCACAUCCUCAAGCAGUCUUCUAAUGUAGGUAUAGAGGUGAAAAUUUGUUUUACAUGUGAUUUAGCUUUAUAUCUUUGAUUAUACUUCGAUAACGUUUUUUCUUGAUCGCUGACAUCGUUUAUAAGAGUGAACCCUCCAUAAAGUUCUGCUAAGCCGGGAUGAACAGGUGGUAAUCACUUAAGGUUAAACUACCGUACCGACUCAUUUACAAGGUCUAUAUUGACUUCCUAACAUAAUGGUCAUUGGGAAACCGAUCUCUGCUCGCCCGACGUCAACCAGUUCAUUAACUUCGAGCCUAUAUUUUUGGCUGAUCUGGGGCUUAGCUAAACAAUAUAAUUGUGUUUUCACGUUCUCAUGUAAAAACUAAAAUAGUUUAAUAAAUCACACUAAGCUUACGGCCCUUGUUAGCUAUGACAGACGAAGCGAAUAGCUUGUUGUAUGAAUGGAACGAAAACAUUUGUUCAAGGGCGAUCAGGUCUAACAAAAGACAUUUUUCAUAAAUUUUCUUCCGCGUUUCUAGACAAGUGAUUAACCUUCGAUGAGAGCAAUGAAAGAGAUGAGGUUUUGGUGUCUUGCAUUGUUAGCUUUGUGUCUAACGACAGCAAAGGCAGAAGGUAAGUCAUUCUUGUGUAGACAAGCCGAGUAUGAAUACAGGAAACUUCAUAUUUGGUCAGUGUUAGCCAUAAAGUAUACUUGUUUGCCAUGAAAUCCCCCCUAAAUCAUCGGUUCUUCAACUGUUAUAACACAAAGAAAUAUUUUCUUAUGUGAUGCUGUGAUCUAGUGGUCCGAUCCCGUGUAAUCUUUAUUUCAGAGGUAGUCAUUUCACGCUAGGACCGACUCUACCUCUAUGUUAUUUACCAAAAAAUGAACUCUGUUAUAUUGCCUCUCUUCACCCUCUCAGGCUUGCAGUAAUGGUUCUUGGUACCGGGUGUUCAUAAGUAAGGGCGGGGCCGACCAUGUAAGGACAAGCAUCGAUCCGACGCUAGAGAAUAGCAAUAUUCGCAACUUGCUUUAUUUGGAGGGAAGACUGUUUGUGGGUCAGUUCUUGCUUGUGACUCCUUUCUUAAGCUGUCAGUGCAAUAUGAUUCUCACACAGUUCGAGAUUGAGCAGUACUGCCUAGCGGGUUGUAUUAACUGCUGUAAAAAUUCCACAAACAAAAGUGGUUAUAGCUUUUCAUUGCGCGCGAAGAUCAAUAUGUAACACUUAACAGUAUCAGUUCAAACAAAAGGAAUGAACUUUACUUUCGUGUCAAAACUCUUUUUGACCUUUUGGUGCUUUUGAGUUCAAGUAGAGACCCAGUCUUGAAGUGUUAAUUAAAUAAAUAUCCAUUCGAAAUCGGCACCACUGAAAAAUUUUGCUAUAUAGGCACAUUAAAUUCUUCAGCGUAAGUUAUCCUGAUUUCAUCCUGUCUAUGAAUAAAUUUAUCUAGUUCAGAGCUUUGAUCUUGUUGGACAUCGGCCUCCUGGGAUAUCAAUAAGAAAGGCAUGGUACACACUUAUUAUUGGAUGUUUUUACUUUGUUUUAGUCCAGUGGCCUGGUGGUACUUAUGGCUUACCAAUGCCUGACACAGGCUGUCCGACUGACGGUGCAACAGAUUGGAAAACAGGCUGGACGUACCACGAUACCGAGGACGACAAUAAUGAGAACCAGCGGUCCAACAUAUUCCAUAUGCCUGGCAACUUUUCUGCGCAUGGCAUUCAGCAGAAGUUUUGCCUAAAAGAAGGAAAUAAUGAGAACACUGGCAGCGAAAUUUGGCCGGAGGGGAAAUACUGUGUUUACAAAAAAGGUGUGUGGUAGGGGAGGGUGAGUAAUAUUUUAAAGGUACAAGACGAAUUACAGAUUUUUGAGGGUCGUGUUACCUUUUGAACGCUAGUCGAAGCUGUAUUCAAUGAAGCUGCAUUCACCCUCUAUUUAAUACACGUCACUAGUGGAAGUCCACUUAUAAAGAUCCUUUUUCUCAAUUGCUGCCAAACUGACCUCUACAAAGCGGUCAACUACCAAGGUCUCAAGAAAUUUGUUAAAAACAGUCGACCUCUUUUAACUUCUAAUCUCUGGUCACGGUCACUUCUAUAAAAUAAUUUUAAUUUUUUUAGGCAAUAAUUUAUAAAAAUUGGCUGAAAACUUGAUAUUAACACUUAAAAUAUAUCACGUUGUAUGAAAAUAUUCUGCAGUUGAGAAAUAGGUGCAUUUUGAAAGCAGGUCUAAAAUGAUGGGGUUUUUUUAGAAAAAAUUCAGUCCUAUUCUUAAUUAUCAGUGACACUACUCCCCCAGAGAAAUCACGGAAUCCGACUGACGACUUGAACUCACUGAAAAGGAUUCCGUAAUCCGAAAUGCAGUAGCUGGAAUCCGGAAUCCACAGUGUCCAGUCCAGAAUCCAAGACUGUCAUGGAUUAACUCUCUACUUAGUAAAGUAAACUACAAAUCUCUGUAUAAAAGAAGCCUUCAGACUUUCCUAAUUAUAUUAUACAAGAGCAAGAGCCAUAAUAGGACUAUUUAGCUCUUGACAAGAGCUUGUUCUUUACCCGCUAUCCAGGCUAUCUAAGAGAUAUGUUUAGUCUCCGGUCUACAUCCUAUAGCCUACGUGGUAAUUAUAUUUUGUCUCUACCGUCUGCAUUAAGUACUACUUAUGGUCUACACUCCUUUUCGUAUAUGGCUUCAAAACUAUGGAACUCUCUUCCAGAUUUGUUUAGAACUUCUGAAUUUCCUGAUUUCAAGCGCAACAUUCUACAGUAUGACUCUUUUUAAUUUAAAAUUUAGAAUGUUAUAAUUUCUCGUUUUUGUAGUUUUAAAAUAAUACUUGUAACUAGAAGAUACUCGCUUAUCUUUAGCUACUUUAAAUUCGAGGUUAAAUAAAGUGUAUGUAAGUAUGUAUUAGCGUAAAUGGGGCGAAUAGAGCGGUUUUCAUUUGAGUGUCGAAAAGUAAUUGGUUUUGUACUUUCUACACGAUGCGAUUGGCUUAAAAGAUUCGCGCCACCUUUUCAUCCAACCAGAAGUAAAACCAAAGCCAAUUGUGACGCGCACUUUGCGUCAGCCACAUGUAAUUACUUCGAGUUUUGAUUGGUUCAAUGUAUUGUCUGUGUCCUAUGUGAUUGGCCAGAGUAAUUACUUUGGUUUUGGUUUUACGACACUCAAACGAAAACCACUCUAUUUGCUUUUUCUCAGGGAUAUGUCCGAGUGGACUCAAAGAAGGAUUUAUCCGCUGGGACGACGAACAAUCUGAGAUAGACUACAAGGAUAAACACUUCGGAGACCUACCUGAUGGAAAUUACGAGAAAUCUCACACAACAAUAAACUACUGUUGCAGUACAAAAGGCAAUGUUAACAAUCCCAUUCAGCUGCCCGCUCUUAAGCCAUUCUAUCUUCUUACCUACGAUUCCGCUCAAUGUCAGAAAGUGGCUGGAACCAAGGUUACAAGCGAGUUUAUCAAGUUUGAUGAUGAUGAUCAGGGCAACACUGAUGCGGCGGGUGGAGCCCAUCCGUAUGGACCCAGCGAAGAUCCCUUUAAUCUCAAGAUUUACUAUUGUUAUUAUGAGCCAGGUAAGUCAGGAUCAAUCUGCACAAGGUAAUUUCUGCAGGCUCCAUCCUCUCAUCGACCGCAAUCCUAAUCUCGAGGUUUCCAUUGCGCAUGUCUGGCACAUAUUUAGCCAACAUUCGUUUAGACUUCAGCUAAGAAUGAAUGAAAUGCAUAGGAGGCAGUCUGAUUACACGCGUUUGUACCUUUUAUGUUCUGCGUUUUGCCACUCACAAAUCAAACCCAUCUCUUGCAAUAAAUCAGGUUGUUGUAGGCUGAAAAAAGUUUUGCAAAAAAUAGAACGACUCUGUACUUUCUACCAUAUAUAUAGUAACACAUACGCGACUUUGGAAGGAAAAGAUUGAUGUAAUUUUUAACGCGAUGGGCCAAGGUUUUUGCACGCAAUCGCUGUUUUUCCUUGAAAAUUUAGAGCCGCUGCGAAGGAGACUAAUAUUUACUCUGACAUAUAAUGAUUUCUGCUUUCUAUUUAUAGGUCAGGAGAGUGAGGACGAUCUUGGAACAGGAAAGCAAGUUAGAAGCAAGGUAAGUCGUUACCUUAAUUAUUAGACACAGCACAGGUAAUUAAUAUCCUUUUCUGGAACGAAAGCAUCCGUCAGUCAUAGCCUUGUCUAAGACAAGACAUCACGACUGUCUCCUUUAUAAGUGGUUUUCUUUUUCUAGUACAAACAUGACAUGCAAAGUAAAAGGAACCCUUUACUGGACGUGAAUUGUCGCAGCUUACAUUAAGCAGUCGGUAGCUUGUCUACAGACUUUUUCUUUUUUGCAACAAUUCGACAGCGCGCAAGUGAGCAUUAAGCGCAUGUUUCUCCUUUCCCACCCCCAGCAACUUGCGCUUGCAGUGAAUAAAUUCUCUACGGUUUUUAUUUUUAUAGGCGCGCUCCACCAUCUUUAAAGAGAAAAUAGGGUCUGAUCUGUGAACAGGCUAGGCAGUUAGAGACCGAACGCUCUUCCUUGAAUAAAAAAUGACAAAGAUAUAAAUUUCACUUUUUCUAGAUCCCAACUGGUAAAGCUUCGAGUUCAGGUUUAGCGGUGGCUAUUGGCUGUGGCGUGGCUGGCGCCAUUGUAGGAACCGCCUCAAUUGCAUUCGCCACCAAAAGGAUCCUCGCGCACAGAGCACGUGCAGCGUAUGAUCUUGUGGAUGACCCGCAGCCUGAUGGGCCAUGAUGUCAUGUGACCUCACUACCCAAAUAAGGAAAAGGCGAAACGUCAUAUCAACUCUUUGUAUACAUGAUAACUGUAGCUGCAGACUGCUUAACGUACAGUAGUCAACCAGCCUUGUUAAUGCAUUCUUAAAUGCAACCACUGUGCCGUAUAAUUUCCUCUUUUCGUUAUGAAAGGAGAAUACUUGUUUUGGUAAGGGUAAAAAAAGUACAAAGCGGAGCUGAAGGCGGUUUUUAAAUGUUAAAAAGCGGCAAAUAAGGACUUCUCGGAACGCUUGUGUUUCGAAGAAAACACAAAAGAUUUUAACUUAUAUAUGUAAUGAAGCCAUUUAUGUAACUGAAUUGUACAAUAUACAGAAUUGUUCUUUUAGGACAUGCAGGGCAAAAACCACGAUUGACGGAUAAUAAGGACAACAAAGGAGUCAAAACAGCACAGCCUAGAAAAACGAUAGCUACAAAACAGAGAAAAAACUUGACAGGGUCUGAGGAGGAUGACCAGUUUCUUUUCUACCACGUUUAAGAUAUUUAUUUCUUUCCCAUCUAUACAGUAUGCUAAAUAUCUGUUAAGUCAAUUUAUAAGUUAACAGACUCCUGACCGUGUAUUUAUUGGAAGAACACGGAAGUAUGUGUUAAGUCGAGAGCUCAGAGAUGAUGUACAGAAUAUAAUAAUACGUAAUGUGAAUGCUGAACUAUUGUAUUACCUUAGUAAGCUUUAGUAUACGAAUGGGUAAAUGUAGUGAAA